CGGUUGCUAAUUAUAAAGAUUAUUUACUGAGGAGCCGCGCAACUAAAAGAAUUAUGGAAAUGAGUUCAAAUGGAAGAAAAUCAUUAGCAUGAUCGAUAUACAGUGGCUUAAUAGGGUCCAAGUCCAACCUCUACUAUCCAAUAGGCUUACUAGAGACGAUUGAUAUACAGUGGUACUUAAAAUAACCUAUAAAAAUAGAUGAAGAAACAUUACGAAGUGGUACUGUUUUUGUAUUGGGCAAAAUAAGAAGAGCGAAGUGAAAUCGAAGAAGAAGAAGAAAGGGAGCGAGGACAUGGGUUCAGAGGGGGAAUCAGCAACGCCACCAAAAGCAAAAGAUGCGAAAGAAUGGGUGGAGGAUCUGCAACGUACUGUCAUUCAAUCUAAAGACUCUGCUUUUCGUUCUGCUCGUUCUCUUCAACAAAACUCUUCCACCCAUCUUCGUUCCUUGCAGGAUUCUUUUCCCCAUGCCAUCACCAAGUAUACAGCUUACGAACAAGCUUUUCUCAACAAAAUUAAAGAGGAGUUGAAGGGUGCACGGGAACACCCUGGUCCAGCUGUUGGCAUUGCUCUUUCUGCUGGUGGCCUUCUCUUGCGAGGUCCGAGAAGAUUUUUGUUUCGUCAUACAUUGGGUCGACUUCAAAGCGAGGAGGCAAAGUUUGUCAGGGCUGAGAAGAAUGUCAAAGAGUUGAACCUCUCUGUUGAUUUAAUGAAGAAGGAGAGCAAAAAACUGCUGGAAAGGGCAAGUCUUGCUGAAAAGGAUAUGAAGCGUGGAGAAACGGAGCUCUUGAAUGCUGGAAGUCAAGUUCAGCGUCUCACUAAACAAGCUUACAAAGUUGAAACCCAAGCUGCAGAUUUGAUGGAAGGCCUGAGAGAAAUCCCCGGUAGGGAGGCAUUGAAACUUAGAGCUGAGGUUGCUUCUAUGGCUUCACUCCUGCAGCGGCAGAGGGUUGCGCUCGAUAAACGGAUAAUGAAGAUCUCUGAGUUAGGAGUUCCUGUUUGAUUCCGUAUAGAAAUUUUACUAAGUACUUGAAUUUUUUUAUUAUCAAUCGCAUUAGAAAUUGUUUGGUUAUUCUGGUUUUGUACAAGCAUUUGAAGAUUGAAAUAAGAGGAAAUGCUGAUGCUGGA